CGAAGCCAGAGCAACAGCGGGGCUCCACUCUCUGCACAUCCACCUCCAGACAAUGCGUGCCUGUCUCAUGCAUUGACUGCUGGAUUGAGCACGAGCGCGACAAGGCGCGCACCUCCGUCAUGCCCUCGCCCUCCCCGCAGCCACCACUGGCGGCGCCCGGGGCUCACCACCACCACCAUCACCAAUCCAAGGCCACACCGACCUCGCCCGGCACCGCGUCAAGUGGCGGCAAUGCAGCCCGUCCACCGUUGAUGAAGCGACAGAGCUCGCAGAACUCGCAGACGAGCAGCCGCCACGGCUUCGCCAGUCCCACGGCCAGCGAGCAGCACCUGCAGCACCAUCCCGCGCGCGUCAAGCCGCGGCAUCAUGGCGCCAAAGUCGUGCUCCCGCGCAACCACAGCAGCGCAAGGAACCUGGCCAAGAUGAGCAAACCGCCCCUGGGCGGAGGGCAUCACGUCGCCUUUGAUGAUUCCCGGCGACACACGCGGCAACGAUCGCACGAAGGAGACACUGAGAUCCGGUUGCCCGGGAGUCUGGACGAACAGAGCCGGCCGCCGAUGAAACGGAACAUGACUGCGUAUCAAUUGCCGCGCACGCAGAGUCAGAGCCAAGUGAAGCUGAAGAAGAAUCUGAGCCAUGGGCAGCUCACGAGGCUGGGCGGAGGUCAUGGAGGUAGCAGCAGGAACCUGUCGGGGCUGGGAGCACAUGCGACGCGAGCGCCCAUGAGCCCCGGUUUGAAGGGGCGAAGCAAGCGGCCCAAGAGUGCGGAAAUAACGCCUGCUGAGUAUCGCGCGCUGCAAGAAAGAAAGGGCUCAGGUCAGGAGAGGAAGGGCUCAAACCAGGAGAGAAAGGGCUCGAACCCGGAAAGAAAAGGCUCCGGAUCAAAGGCGAACGCAUCCAAGAAGGUUGGCUUUGCUGUGGGAAGUGACGAGAGUGGAGACUACGACGACGAUGAUGAUGUUGGGGUCAGACAGCUCGACAUGGAGGGCAGUGGGCUGCAGGAGGAUGAGUGGACUGAAGAGUCAGCGAGCGCAAGCCCGCACAGCACGAGGCAAAAUACAGCCAACAAUUCGCGGCGUACCAGCAUGAAUUUCACUGGGAAGGAAAGGAAUACUACGGCUGUCACGCCCAGCGAUCUUCUAGCGGCGAAAGUGAGCGAGGGAAUGCAGAGAAAGAGGGCGGAAAUGGAGACGAGACAGGAGGCUAGCGAGAGUGAAGACUCGAGUGAGGAAGAAGGAACGAGUCCCAUGACAAUGGCGACGAUGAGAGCACCACCCACGCCAGCGGCCGCCGAUGAACGACAAACUCCUCAGACUGCUCCACGAAUAUCACUUCAACAGCCUGCCGAGUCAAUGACUCGGCCACAGCAGACGCCAAGGGAGGAGAAGCAGCAGCAGCAAGCAGCUCCUGUUGCUCCAAGCACAUCGGUCCAUGACUACGCGGAUCAGAGGUCAGCUUCACCUGCGAAGAAUUCAACUCGGGAUGCAAUGCACGAGCCUCGUAAGGAUCCUGAAUUGGCCAAGCCUCAGGCACCUCAACACUCUUUCGCGCCGCCGAUCUAUCAGCAACAAACUGCCCGUGGGGACGCGCAACUCGAGACUCACGCGACUGCGCCCUCGCUGCCAGAAGUCAGAGAGCAAGCGCAUCAAGCGAGAAAGGAAUAUGCCAACCCUGCCGCAAAGCGUGUGGCCAGCCAACAACAAUUGCCUUCGCCAGCAGUGGUGUCUAACGUGAGUGCGCUGGAUAGCAAUCACAGCAGCACCACUUCUCCCGCUCCCUCUCUUCGUUCCUCAAGGUCGAAUCUCGUAGGCGAUAGUAUGACUGAUGCAGAAAGGGAAGAUGCCGAAUUGGUUUCCCGAUUCAUGCCUUCUGCAUCUCAUCCCUCGAUGGGCAGCGGCGCCAAUACAGCACUGAAUACACCAAAACAAGGUAGCGGCUUCCACACCCCCGAGGAGCAUCAUGGCAUCCCUCGAGACAGAAGUGGGUUUCAGGUCGGCCCCACCAGUCCUGGCUCUACGGUGUCGGGCUCGUCUGGCUACACGACGCCCGCGCAAGGAAUGGGCCGCUCGCGAACAGAGUUACGUUUGCUGCAGGAGAAGGCAUUAGCCGACCUUGAAUCUCGCGCUGAAGGUCUAGGAGGUGCGAAACCGGUUCUCCCAGGCCACGUGUAUGACCGCAGAAACGAGAGUCUCAAGUCCUUUAUGAGUGGCGCUGAACUGCACAGCGGAUCCGGACUGAACAUGGGACCGCAAAUAUUCCAGGGACGAUUCAGGGCUGUUAAUACCGAGCUGCGUGUUGUGCAAAAGUUCCGCGAUCCUGUUGGUGAAGCCAUCUCAAGAUUGCGGGGCUGUAAAGGCAGUCGGCUCAACCGUCCUCCAUCUGCUUCAGGUCCGAAUAGAUCUUCAACGGGCCUAUCGAUCUCCAAGAGCGCAGUCAGCCUACCGAGCGCGCAGAGGGGAGGCGGUCUGAGUAAAUCAGCAAGCCCUCCCAAGGGAGAUGGAGCAUUGAAGAGAGGCGGACAGAGCCAGGUGCUUGUCGGCGGAACUGGCGGAACUGGCGGAGGGAGCGAAAGGCAUCAGUCGAGGAGAGGUGUGAGUUUCGCAGGAGGACCUCCCAAGACGAGGGAGAUACCGAGCAGGGAUGAGGCACCUAAUGGAAUGUCAAAUGCGGAUAUUGCGAGAGUCGCACAGGAGCUGUGGAACGAUUUCUGAUACAAGUACGAUUGGUUGGAUACUGGAGAGCUUUGCAUAUAUGAUUGGUGCUGAGUUCUGUUGUCUGCGAUUUCAGCGUGGCGUUUGGGGUGAAAGGACUUGUGCAUUAGCAUUGGAUGGGGGC